ACCUAUGAUUAUUUUUCUGGUUUUAAACAUCUCUUCAGCCUCAGAUUGAUUACAAUGUUCUUUCUACUUCAUUUCAUCGUUCUGAUCAAUGUCAAAGAUUUUGCACUGACUCAAGGUAGCAUGAUCACUCCUUCAUGCCAAAAAGGAUAUUUUCCCUGUGGGAAUCUUACCAAGUGCUUGCCCCGAGCUUUCCACUGUGAUGGCGAGGAUGACUGUGGGAACGGGGCGGACGAAGAGAACUGUGGUGACACUAGUGGAUGGGCGACCAUAUUUGGCACAGUCCAUGGAAAUGCUAACAGCGUGGCCUUAACACAGAAGUGCUUUCUAAAACAGUAUCCACAAUGCUGUGACUGCAAAGAAACUGAAUUGGAAUGUGUAAAUGGUGACUUAAAGUCUGUGCCGAUGAUUUCUAACAAUGUGACAUUACUGUCUCUUAAGAAAAACAAAAUCCACAGUCUUCCAGAUAAAGUUUUCAUCAAAUACACAAAACUUAAAAAGAUAUUUCUUCAGCGUAAUUGCAUUAGACACAUAUCCAGGAAAGCAUUUUUUGGAUUAUAUAAUCUACAAAUAUUAUAUCUCAACCACAACCGCAUCACAACUCUCAGACCUGGAAUAUUCAAAGACUUACAUCAGCUAACUUGGCUAAUUCUAGAUGACAAUCCAAUAACCAGAAUUUCACAGCGCUUGUUUACGGGAUUAAAUUCCUUGUUUUUCCUGUCUAUGGUUAAUAACUACUUAGAAGCUCUUCCCAAGCAGAUGUGUGCCCAAAUGCCUCUACUCAACUGGGUGGAUUUGGAAGGCAAUCGAAUAAAGUAUCUCACAAAUUCUACAUUUCUGUCGUGCAAUUCGCUCACAGUGCUGUUUCUGCCUAGAAAUCAAAUUGGUUUUGUUCCAGAGAAGACAUUUUCUUCAUUAAAAAAUUUAGGAGAACUGGAUCUGUCUGGCAAUAUGAUAAUGGAGCUAUCACCUCACCUUUUUAAAGACUUGAAGUUUCUACAAAAACUGAACCUGUCAUCCAAUCCUCUUAUGUAUCUUCACAAGAACCAGUUUGAAAGUCUUAAACAACUUCAGUCUCUAGACCUGGAAAGGAUAGAGAUUCCAAAUAUAAACACACGAAUGUUUCAACCCAUGAAGAAUCUUUCUCACAUUUAUUUCAAAAACUUUCGAUACUGCUCCUAUGCUCCCCAUGUCCGAAUAUGUAUGCCCUUGACGGACGGCAUUUCUUCAUUUGAGGACCUCUUGGCUAACAAUAUCCUCAGAAUAUUUGUCUGGGUUAUAGCUUUCAUUACCUGCUUUGGAAAUCUUUUUGUCAUUGGCAUGAGAUCUUUCAUUAAAGCUGAAAAUACAACUCACGCUAUGUCCAUCAAAAUCCUUUGUUGUGCUGACUGCCUGAUGGGUGUUUACUUGUUCUUUGUUGGCUUUUUUGAUCUAAAAUACCGAGGGCAGUAUCAGAAGUAUGCCUUGCUGUGGAUGGAGAGUGUGCAGUGCCGCCUCAUGGGGUUCCUGGCCAUGCUGUCCACCGAAGUCUCUGUCCUGCUACUGACCUACUUGACUUUGGAGAAGUUCCUGGUCAUUGUCUUCCCCUUCAGUAACAUUCGGCCCGGAAAACGGCAGACCUCAGUCAUCCUCAUUUGCAUCUGGAUGGCAGGAUUUUUAAUAGCUGUAAUUCCAUUUUGGAACGAGGAGUAUUUUGGAAACUUUUAUGGGAAAAAUGGAGUAUGUUUCCCACUUUAUUAUGACCAAACAGAAGAUGUUGGAAGUAAAGGGUAUUCUCUUGGAAUUUUUCUAGGUGUGAACUUGCUGGCUUUUCUCAUCAUUGUGUUUUCCUAUAUUACUAUGUUCUGUUCCAUUCAAAAAACCGCCUUGCAGACCACAGAAGUAAGGAAUCGUUUUGGAAGAGAGGUGGCUGUUGCAAAUCGUUUCUUUUUUAUAGUGUUCUCUGAUGCCAUCUGCUGGAUUCCUGUAUUUGUAAUUAAAAUCCUUUCCCUCUUCCGGGUGGAAAUACCAGAUACAAUGACUUCCUGGAUAGUGAUUUUUUUCCUUCCAGUUAACAGUGCUUUGAAUCCGAUCCUCUAUACUCUCACAACCAGCUUUUUUAAGGACAAGUUGAAACAGCUGCUGCACAAACAUCGGAGGAAAUCAAUUUUCAAAAUUAAAAAAAAAAGUUUAUCUACAUCCAUUGUGUGGACAGAUGACUCCUCUUCCCUGAAACUUGGGGUUUUGAACAAAAUAACACUUGGAGACAGUAUAAUGAAACCAGUUUCCUAG